AAAACCGGAAGUUAGCAAAGACGAACCGACAUGGAGCAUAACUUAUUGUAUUUUCCAGCACACAUUUAUUAUUCCUCAUCAAAUAGCACAAUUUUCAGACAUGGCUACGGGACAAACUAAAAGUGCUACAACAAUUCGAGUAAAUGGGUUUGAUCAUGUCCCCCGUCCUUUCCUUAUUGGUGUCGGUGGUGGUACAGCAUCUGGAAAAUCGUCUGUUUGUAAGAAAAUCAUGGAACAACUUGGACAAAAUGAUAUUGAUGACUGCAAGAGGCAAGUAAUCAUCGUCAGCCAAGACUGUUUUUACAGAGAACUAAACAAGGUAGAACGAGAAAAAGCAUUCAGAGGUGAAUUUAAUUUUGAUCAUCCUGAUGCCUUCGAUGAUAAACUAAUGUAUAAAACAAUGCAAGAUAUCAAGGAUGGAAAAUAUGUCAACAUACCUGCUUAUGACUAUAAAAAUCACCAGCGCAUUCAAGAUAAGGGCCAAACUGUAUAUCCAGCAGAUGUGGUCCUCUUUGAAGGAAUCUUAGUGUUUUAUUAUAAAGAACUUCUGGAAAUGUUCAACAUGAAAUUGUUUGUUGAUACAGAUUCAGAUACCCGUCUGUCACGACGUGUUUUACGUGACAUGAAAGAGCGUGACCGUGAUUUAGAGGUGAUUCUUCACCAGUACACGACAUAUGUCAAGCCAGCUUUUGAAGAUUUCUGUCUACCAACUAAGAAAUUUGCUGAUGUGAUAAUCCCUCGGGGAGCUGAUAACACAGUUGCUAUUGAUCUUAUUGUGCAGCAUAUACAAGAACUUUUAAGACCACGUCCUGAGAGCAUACCACGUCGUGUUCGACAUCAAUCAGACUCCAUUAUCCAGGCUAGACCCCAUUAAAAUCAUGUAAUCAGGGUACUCCACAAUCUUCAAACCUAAGCCAUUGCAUCUCCUUUAGAUUUAGGGAUGCCCCAUUUUUCCUCUAUCAAACAAACAAGAAAAUCUUAGAAACACUCUAAUCUCAGAAUUAUACUUACUGUGAAGAUUUAUAUGAAAAUCUUUAGAUUACUUAUGGAUCUAUCAACAUUUUCUUGUUGAGAACCCUGUUAACACAUGGCGCUACAAUAUCUUGGGACCCUGUUUGGGACCAACAGACAAAUAAUUUAUUAGGUGGUCAUUCUCAUAUCAUAGUCACAUGAUGUACAUACUUUUAUACUAUUUUGUAUAUUAAUGAUGUCACAUAUCUGAAGGCAAGUAGAAUUUGAUAGAAAUGAA